UGUGAGCUUCGUGCGAAUGUGAUGUGUUUUGGGUAGAUAUUAUUCUGUUCAUAUAGCUUGCUGUUGUUGGAACAGCCUGCCAUGUGAGAAUAUAGAUGCUCUUAUCUUUUCAUCACCCUUCACCAGAAAGACCAGGUGUUUUCUGAUUGCGUCAUUUGUUGGUGCAACAAACAUGACGGUGCACGUUAAAGCGCCUGACUGUGUUUCUAUGUGGCUCACACAAGCAGGCAUACUGAAGCACUGGGCAUUUCGAUCUGCUAAUACGCUGAGUUAAUCUCUGCCUCUGCGCAGAUUCACCUGCUCCCUGUCCCGAGUCGUGCUCAGCAUGCUUCUGCGCCGGGCGGUUCGAGGCGUGAAGCUCCUUCUGGUCCCGGUGUUGAUCUGCCUGUUCUCAGAGCUGCUCCCCAGGACGGAGGCCGGUAAGUGACUGCCUGCACGUGGUGGAGCCCAUGCCAGUCCCGGGGCACGAUGUGGAGGCGUACUGCCUGCUGUGCGAGUGCAAAUAUGAGGAGCGCAGCAGCACCACCAUCAAGGUGACUAUCAUUAUCUACCUGUCUGUGGUGGGCUCCCUGCUGCUCUACAUGGUCUUCCUGCUGCUGGUGGAGCCGCUAAUCCGAAAACAGCAGUCCUACAGCCAGCCGCUGCACAACGAGGAGGAGAACGAGGAUGUGCACCCCUCCCUGGGCGCGGAGGGGCUGACCCGCUCCCGGUCGAACACGGUGCUGGAGCGCGUGGAGGGGGCUCAGCAGCGCUGGAAGAGGCAGGUGCAGGAGCAGAGGAAGACGGUCUUCGACCGGCACAAGAUGCUCAGCUAGAGAGCGGAACCGGAGCGGAACCGGGACCGGAGCGGAACACACCCCCCCAGCGGCGCUCCUUGCACUAGAACCCUCAGCAAACCCUGAGUCCUCCUGUCUUCAGUGCUCUCCUCCAAGCCCAGUUUCAAUACAAGGUACCAGAGUUGUUAUGCGAGACCAUCUCUGCUCUAGCACUGUCCAGAAUUAUAUUCUAGAGCUAAACUCCCUUUUUCUCUUCACGGUUGUGUAGCCGUAGAGAAAUGAUUCCUUUUAACAAAAGAACGGGGGACAAACUUUACAGUACCUUGUGAAAUGGAUGUGUUUGUGCUUGAUAUCUCUGGUGUAAGUUUUGUUAGAACAUCCAUCUAAAGAAUGCAUUUACUGCUCAGCUGUGUUUCCUUAGCUUCAGUAAAUGGUUGAUAGUUAUUGCACGUCAAUAUCAUACACACCUUUUAACUUGCAAGUGAAGUUGCUUUGAUUCCCCCCCCUCCCAUCACUAACUGUUGUUAUUGUUCUAUUACAAUUAUCAUAAAUUGAUUUUAAAUAAUGCUUUGGUAGCUUAAAUGGAAAAAUACUUGGCUCAUAUGAAAUGUUGAUUAUGGCACCAAGUUAAUUUUGUAAUGGUCCGAAAAAUUGCACGAUUUCUGGCUUUAUAAUAUGUUGUGGAUACUACAAUAAACGCUGGGUGUAUUUG